AUGAAGGCUAUUUCUUCUGAAGAUUUCGAACAAGCGGCCAGAUUUGUCUCUCGCUUCAGGGCGUCCCAGGACAGUUUGCCGCCUGGUACUGACGAUGCAACCGUCCGGACACUGACAGAAGCAGAGCGGCAGCUCAGUGCCAUUGUGCGAAGACGCUUCGAAGCCGCCAUGGCCGCCAAAGAUGCGGGCGGUGUUUCGCGGUUUGCAAAGCUUUUUCACCCUCUUGGCCUUGCUUCAGAAGGAGUCCGAAAGUACGUUGAGUUUAUUCAAAGAUCUUUGGCUGAGAAGGCCACUGCGGACAUAAAGCGUCAGCUUGGCUCGGCAGUUGGCAAGCGAGCCGACCAAGGUCCAGCGCCGUAUGCAGAGGCUUUGACAUCUGUGUUCGUAGCCAUCGCAGACAUCGUCCAGGAGCAUCAGCAGGCAGUCGAACAAGAGUUUGGACCGGAAAACUUCAUCGUGGUCGUCCGUGGUCUGCUGGAUGAGGCUGACAUCCAGGGCAUAAAAGUGAUUGACAAGUUUGCCAAGGACAAUGCCAAGGUCUUCUCUCAGCAGUUUGCCAACUCGGAGAUGCGGGACGUGGGUGCGGUGUUGGAGGAAACGGCGAUGAUCACUCAGCGAGUCCAGCAGUUCAAUGCCUACAUUCACUCGGUGGCGCACAGUGUGGUGGACAUGAUCGACGACAAAGCAAGUUUUGCGAACAACUUGCCAGUCGGCCACUGUCCCGACGAUGGACUUCCGGACACGAAGCUCUUGCACAGGGUACAGGAGCUUGUGUCUUCGUACGUCCUGGUCGAACAAUACUUCCUUCUUCAGUCUGUGGAGAAGGCCGUUACUGAAACCGACUGCUUGGAUCCAGAUGAUCCAGAUGUUCUCACCACCACUCUCAUCGAUGAAGCCUUCUACAUUAUGCAGGAAUCAAUGAUGAGGUCUGUCACAACUUGUGACAUCAAUGCGGUCUGUGCUGUGGUGAACAACGUCAAUGCCGCCAUUGUCGGUGAGCUGCGCCAGGCGCUUGCUAGCAAUCUUGCUGACAGUCGACGUGUAUACUCAAACUGGCUGACGCACUCGAAGAAUCUCGUCGUUCCCAAGAAGGGCGAGCAUCCUUUAGCAUCUCUGUUCCUGGAGGACGGUAAACUGCGGAGCCCAUUGACUGCAGCGCUGAGUUGGCCACACUCCAUGAACAACCUGCAGCAGUGCCUCGAAAACCUUGACAAACUGAAGGAGACGGUGGAGGAUGCCUUUGAUGAAUACUUCCCUAGCGAAGGCCCGGACAAGGACAAGCACGAGAUGUUCCGACACUGUAUUGCAGCACUCGGUGCAUCGAAGGCCGACCUGGAGGCACUACAUUCCAGCCAGUGCAAGGACGGUCUGAACAUCUUAAAAAUCCACCUGCGACCCAUGCUGGAGCCCCUUGACAAGCUCGACUACAACAUUUCGGAGGCCCAAUAUGCAGAUUUCCAGGUCAACGAUCCCUUUGCCAAGGCUUUCAAUGCCCAAGCAGAUGUUAUCCAUCAGCACAUCAAGGCGGUUCUGAACUCCUCGUCUGCGGAGGAAAUCAUGCAGCACAUGGCUGAGCAGACAUGUCGCAGGAUCGAGAAGGCUGCCCUUUCGAAGCACUUCAGCUUGUUCGGCGCUUUGCAGUUUGAGAGUGAUGUCAGAGCGAUCUGUUCUUUCUUUACAAGUGUCAGCGAGCAGGCUUUGAGGCACAAGUUCGCCAGGCUUUUCGAGAUGUCCAGCUUGCUGAACUUGGAGAGCUUGGACGAGCUUCGUGAGCUGUGCAGUGAGUUAAGGACCUGGCGGCUUACACCCGACGAGAUGCAGAAACUGCUGCAAUCACGGUCCGACUUCGAAGCCGCGGAGGAUCAGAUCAACUACCUGUUGCCGAAGUGA